AUGGUGAACAAAGAAGUUUGGGAUCUGCUGCCGAGAAAAAGUAGGUCAGUGGAUCUGGCCUUCCAGGCAGUCCAAGCAACCAUGUUACAAGGAACAGCUGCUUUAAUUGGUUGGCAGUCUAAUGACAAGCAUCACAAAUGGCGACAUGCCAGAUACACAUGA